AUGGCGGCGCACGGAGAAGCGGAAGAGGAUUGGGCACAACUUGAGCAGCCCCACUGGCGUGGUCUUGGUAUCACGGAUCCCAUAAAGAGCGUAGAGGACAAAUGGCUGCUACUCCCCGCCUUCCUGAAGGUGAAGGGUCUGGUCAAACAACACAUAGACUCCUUCAACUACUUCGUGGACGUUGACAUCAAGAACAUCCUGAAGGCCAACAAUAAGGUCACCUCGGACGUCGACCCCCGCUUCUGGCUGAAGUACACAGACAUUGUGGUCGGCUUCCCGGACAGAACGGACGCGGACGCCAUAGACAAGAGCGUCACGCCCCAUGAAUGUCGAUUGCGCGACACGACGUACGGCGCACCUAUUCUCGUGACGAUCCAGUACACGCGCGGAAAAAGCGUCGUCCGGCGGGCCAAUGUCAACAUCGGCCGGCUGCCCAUCAUGCUCCGGAGUAACAAGUGUGUACUGACGGGACGCACGGAAGCUCAACUUGCGCGCAUGACGGAGUGUCCCUUAGACCCAGGGGGAUACUUCAUCGUAAAAGGCACCGAGAAGGUCAUUCUCGUGCAAGAGCAGCUGAGCAAGAAUCGUAUCAUCGUUGAGGUUGACCCGACCAAGGGCGUCGUGCAGGCAUCAUGUACUUCAUCAACGCACGGCGGUCUUAAGUCGAAGACGUAUGUCGCGACGAAGAAGGGGAAAAUCUACCUCCGCCAUAACUCCAUUCAUGAGGAUGUCCCAAUUGUCAUCGCACUCAAGGCACUCGGCAUCCAGUCGGACAAGGAGAUUCUCUUGCUGACGGCCGGCAACCACGAAGCUUACAAGUCAUCGUUCGCGCCGAACCUGGAAGAUGCGGCCAAGCUCGGAGUGUUCACCCGCCACCAAGCCCUGGAGUGGAUUGGUUCGAGGGUGAAGGUCAACCGGAGAGUCAUGGGGCCGAGGCGUCCUGCUUGGGAGGAGGCCCUGGAGGCGCUUGCGACGAUCGUGCUCGCCCAUGUUCCUGUCAGCGGGCUCGACUUCCGGUCUAAAGCUGUCUUUGUUGCGACAAUGACGCGACGCGUUCUCAUGGCCAUGGAUGACGAGAAGAUGGUCGAUGACCGGGAUUACGUGGGCAACAAGCGGCUGGAACUCGCGGGGCAGCUUCUGGCGCUCCUCUUCGAGGAUUUGUUCAAAACUUUUAACGCCAACCUGAAGGCGGCCAUUGACAAGGUCCUGAAAAAACCGUCACGCACAAGCGAGUUUGACGCGUUCAACACCAUGCAGUUCCAGGGGGACCACAUCACCUCCGGCUUCGUGCGCGCUAUCUCAACGGGUAAUUGGUCCUUGAAACGCUUCAAGAUGGAAAGGGCUGGCGUCACGCACGUCCUCAGCCGUCUCUCAUUUGUCUCGGCUCUCGGCAUGAUGACCCGCAUAUCUUCUCAGUUCGAGAAGACGCGCAAGGUCAGUGGGCCUCGAGCGUUGCAGCCCAGUCAAUGGGGUAUGCUGUGUCCGAGCGACACGCCAGAAGGCGAAGCAUGCGGUUUAGUGAAGAACCUUGCCUUAAUGACGCACAUCACGACGGACGUCGACGAGGAACCGAUCAUCAGGAUAGCGUUCAUGCUCGGAGUAGAAGACAUCAGUUUAGCGACCGGGACAGAGAUCUAUGGCCCGCACACCUUCGUCGUCAAUGUCAACGGGACUAUCAUCGGCCUGACGCGGUAUCCCGCGCGCUUCGUCAGCAACUUCCGACGACUGCGGCGGGCAGGACGGUUCAGCGAAUUCGUCAGCGUGUACAUCAACCAUCACCACCGGACCGUGCUCAUCGCGAGCGAUGGCGGACGAAUUUGCAGGCCCAUGAUCAUCGUCGAAAGCGGCAGGCCGAAGGUUAUGUCGGAGCAUAUCGCGCAAUUGAAGCAGGGACAGCUGACGUUCGAUGACUUCCUGCGCAAGGGUCUCGUGGAGUACCUCGAUGUCAACGAGGAGAACGACUCCUACAUCGCGCUGUACGAGAAGGACAUCGUGCCUGGGACGACACAUCUGGAGAUCGAGCCGUUCACACUCCUUGGCGCCGUUGCGGGCCUGAUCCCGUACCCGCACCACAAUCAGUCGCCUAGGAAUACCUACCAAUGCGCCAUGGGCAAGCAGGCCAUUGGCGCCAUCGGCUACAACCAGCUGAACCGCAUCGACACCCUCCUCUACCUCUCCGUUUAUCCCCAGCAGCCUAUGGUGAAAACAAAAACGAUCGAGCUGAUUGGGUACGACCGCCUACCUGCCGGGCAGAACGCCACCGUGGCGGUGAUGAGUUACUCAGGGUACGACAUUGAGGACGCGCUCAUUCUCAACAAGGCUUCGCUCGACCGCGGAUAUGGGCGGUGUCAAGUGCUCAGGAAAAACGCCACACUCAUCCGCAAGUACCCCAACGGGACGUACGACCGUCUGGCGGAUGCGCCCGUGGACGAGACCGGGCAGGUCCAGAAGAAGUACGACAUCAUCCAACCGGACGGCCUGGCGGGCGUCGGCGAGCGGGUCGACCCGGGCGAUGUGUACAUCAACAAGCAGACCCCGACGAACGCGAACGACAACUCCUUCACCGGCCAGGCCGCAACGGUCCCGUACAAGAACGCUCCCAUGACCUACAAGUCGCCCGUCGCAGGCCAAAUCGACAAAGUGAUGAUCACCGACACGGAGAACGAUCAGACCCUCAUCAAGGUGUUGAUCCGCCAAACGCGGCGGCCCGAGCUGGGAGACAAGUUCUCGUCGCGUCACGGCCAGAAGGGUGUCUGCGGGCUGAUCGUGAACCAGGAGGACAUGCCGUUCAAUGACCAGGGUAUCGUACCUGACACGAUCAUGAACCCCCACGGUUUCCCGUCCCGCAUGACGGUCGGCAAAAUGAUAGAACUGCUCGCUGGAAAGGCCGGCGUUCUAGCUGGGAAACUCCAGUACGGGACCGCGUUCGGCGGCUCCAAGGUCGAAGACAUGUCCCGGAUCUUAAUUGAAAAGGGCUUCAGCUACGCGGGCAAGGACAUGCUCACGAGCGGCAUCACGGGCGAGCCCCUAGAAGCCUACGUCUACUUCGGGCCUAUCUACUACCAGAAACUCAAACACAUGGUCAUGGACAAGAUGCACGCUCGCGCGAGGGGACCCCGUGCAACGCUGACACGGCAGCCAACGGAGGGUCGGUCGCGCGAAGGCGGUCUGCGUCUCGGCGAGAUGGAGCGCGACUGUCUUAUCGGCUACGGCGCGACGCAGCUGCUGCUAGAACGCCUCAUGAUCUCCUCGGACCAGUUCCAGGUGGACGCAUGCCAAGAGUGCGGGCUUCUUGGAUACAACGGCUGGUGUCCGUACUGCAAGAGUUCGAAGAAGAUGGCACAGCUCACUAUCCCGUAUGCCGCAAAACUGCUCUUCCAGGAGCUCAUGGCGAUGAACGUUGUCCCGCGGCUGGUGCUGGAUGACGCAUGAUGGGAAUAAGAAGCAGCCCUAAAUUAUAUCACACAUCCGCAUGUUUUGUCAAGGUAUCACGUACAUCUGUAUUUUGCGCACUAACUGUAUGACCAUUGAAGCUUUGUCAACC